GUCUUUCCCGUCACUCCGUCACUCCGUCAACCAUUCCGCCUUUCCCAAUCUCAAGUUUACGGACAUCAACAGCAGGGAAAUUCUCGUGUUUAUUAUCACAGCUUUCGUGCAAUUUUAAGCCGGCAAUAUGGUCCAGUUCUCCGAGGAAACCAAGGAGCGUAUCUCCAAGGUCAUUGACGUCUCCAGAGUUGCCAUUCACUAUGGAUACCUGCCGUUGAUUGUCUAUCUCGGUUACACUUACAGUGAACCCAAGCCUUCUCUGUUCAAGCUGUUCUCGCCUCUCGCCUAGAGGAAUGAGUUGCUUCAGAAUACGGAAACGAUGAAUGUCCAUCCACCAGACACAUGCAACGCCUGAAGUCUCACUCUGCAAUUAGACAGACAAAAAAGACUGCCUGUCGGGAUACUAGCAGAUUCUGAGAAACCUCUUCCACCUCAACCCCUCGGGUCGAUGUUGACAACUUGAAGUCUACAUCGAUGCACAUGUACUUUUAAACUACGAUCAGUUUUCAUGCUUUGUAUUGGUUAACGCGAAUGUUUUAAUUUCAUAUACAGGUCCAGGGCAGGACCGAGGAUACAUGCAAAG